CGGAAAGGGAGUAACGGUGUUUGUGUGUGUGCACGCGCUUCGCCAAGCGCCGAGUCGUCUCUGCUGCUUGAUCCCGGGAGUCGUACCGCAUCCCACCGUCACACGCCCCCAUAAAUCCACCGCGCCGGUUCCGGAUUAUCUCGCAGCUUCUCCGCCGGCAAGCCAGCAUGAACGCCUGGAGGCUGUUCGUGAUGCUCGGGACGCUCGCCGUGGUGAACGCCGGCGUUCCGCUGCUGGGAGGUGAAAGCACACAGCACAGAGCUCAGGACGAUUAUGGCAACUACCAGUUCAGCUACGACAUCGUCGACCCACUGGGCGCCACCAACGGCCGCUGGGAGGUCGGCGAUGCGUACGGCAACAAGCGUGGAGGCUACACCAUCACCGACAUCGACGGCCGUCACCGGCGCGUCGAGUACGUGGCCGACGCGUACGGAUUCCGCGUCAUCGUCAACACCAACGAGCCCGGUACGGCGGCCAGCGCUCCGGCCAGCGCCGUCUUCAACUCGCCUUACGUGAACGUAAUACGGGGCCUGGCGCUGGCGAAGCCCGUGGUCGCCGCUGCCGCGACGGCUGCCGUGCCCGUGGCCCACGUGCACGCGCCGUAUGUGCAACGCGCGCGCAAGGUGAUCAACGUUCCCGUGCUGCAGGCGCCUCCAGUGGCCGCCGCGCCCGUGGUGCUGGCCGCGCCGCCGCUGGCCGGCCAAUACGGGGGAUACGCACCUUCCUUCCACGGGCAGUUCGGACGACGAAUCGGGGCGGCACGAAACUUCUACAAUUAUUACAAAAAGCGCUGACACUCCAUAUCCACGGGCUGCCUGAGGUACACUUAGAGAAAAUGGGAGCAGUGGAACAAGCACAUAAAAUAUUUUUAUUAGUACGCCCCAUAAAGCGUUCGUUUUUUAAUUUACGUGCGUGCGCACCACGUGAGCCCCACCUAGAUGGCCUUCCAUGUGUUAUUAGAGUUCUUUCCUUCUUUAUUGCCUUAAAUUUGACUUGAAGAAAGGAGAAAAAUAAAAGCGUACUUCACACGAACGUUAGAUAAUUUAAGAGGGGCAGGAUUAAAAUUCUGCGAGCGUGACGCGGUGUAUUUAAUUUAUGAAAAUCCACUCGCGAUGUGCAAUACACGCGAUGCGUGAACAAAGCGUUUCGCCGUGAGCUGCGAGAAAUUGUGUCUGGCGGAGGGCUUGUGAACAUGGGCAUCAGGAGCACAAUUCACAAAGCAUUUCGUCCGUCAGAACUACGUUUCAUUGGUCAUGUGCCUUCACCAAAGUUAUGCUUGCUUCUAUCAAGAUUGGUUGGCUCACUGAUUUACGAACUUAUUUGCUGUAGCGUACGAAGUCCUCACUGAAUACGUGUCCGGUUUCGCCAUAUCUGACCUCAGGUUCAAUAAGAUGCCCCCGAAACAUGCAACGGAGCCCUGACCAGAUCGUUAGCGUCUGGGACUUGCAAAAGCUUUCCAUGACAUCGUUUAUUGUUAACGCAAGCUUACUUUCAGGUGUCGGUAAAUAUAGGUAGCUUUGACGUGACUGCCCUUUGCAGUUGAUUGCAUGGCAGUGUGCAGUAGCGCUCAAGCACCGCCUGCAUAUGUACUCACAUAGCGCCUAGCGAUGGUGCUCCAUUGCGGGUCUGUGCGCCAUGGAAAUAAAGAAAAACAAAGGCGCCUUAUCGCGCUUGAAUGGCUGCUUAAACUUCUCGUAGUAAUUCCCCGGUACAGCUAUAUACGUGUUCCUGCAUUUCAUCAGCAGAAACAAAUAUAUAUAUAUAU